UGUUUGUUUGCUUUUAGGAACUUACAGGUGUGGUGUGAAAGUAAGCAUCAAAUAAUUAUUCCCAUGAGUUUGAUUGUACACCUGUUCACUCACGGACUGUUUUUUUUUUUUUUUCUUCCUUUCUUUUGCAGCAGGACAAUGUCUAGUAAAGCGACUUUAGCCUUACUCAUCUAUGGACUCAUAAUGCAUUACAGCGUCCACUGCUCACCUGUGGGGCUUAGCUUCCCCGGUGUUAGACUUGACAGUGAGGUUUACGAUGAGGAUGGGAACUCAUUACCGUCCCUGGAUUACGACAGAGACCAAAUGGAAGUAAGGAGCUCUCCGUCCAUGGAUGACGACGUCUUCACUUUGUAUUACCCACCAGAGAAAAGCGGGGGGAAAACGCUGGACGACAGCUCGGAGCCUCUGUCCAAGAGACACUCGGACGGGAUCUUCACGGACAGCUACAGCCGCUACCGAAAGCAAAUGGCGGUGAAGAAAUACCUGGCGGCAGUCCUUGGGAAAAGGUAUAGACAGAGAAUUAGAAACAAAGGACGCCGGCUGGCAUAUUUGUAGCAUCCUCCUCCCCCUCCUCCCCUCCUGAGAAAAAAAAACUAACAAAAAAACAAAAAACUUAAGUGUGUGCAGCCCCACAUGAAGUCAUUUUUGAGAUCUGAACAAUCAGUGGAUCGCUUUUGUGUUAAACAUGUAUUUAUGUAUGAAGUAAGCCAUUAAAAUGAAUAUUUUGAUAAUAAUAUUGUUUUUUAUUUUGUACUUAAAAAGCACUUGAGGACACACAUAUCUACUUUGUGGACCAAUUUUUUUGUUCAUUCC